CUCCCUACUCGUCUCCACACACAGCUUCCAAGCUACCCGGACUACAAGAUCUAGAGGCGAGGACCGUUAGAGCAGUUCUAGCUGGAGUAACAGCUGCAGAGAACAGGCUACUCUACCGGGUUUUCGUGGCAGUGGACACGAGUUUGGGCUAUCAUGAGACCACUCACCGACGACGAGACAAAGGUGCUCUUUGAAAAGCUGGCCAACUACAUCGGCAAGAACAUCGAGCAGCUCAUCAACCGUCCGGACGAGAAGUGCUGCUUUCGAUUGCACAAAGACCGAGUGUACUACGUCAGCGAGCGACUAAUGCGGCAAGCAACUAGCGUCAGCCGUGACACACUACUGUCGCUGGGCACGUGCUUCGGAAAGUUCACCAAGUCGGGAAAGUUUCGCCUGCACAUCACGGCUCUCGACUAUAUCUCGCAGUACGCCAAGUACAAAGUGUGGGUAAAACCGAGCGCCGAGAUGUCCUUCUUGUACGGCAACCACGUGCAGAAGUCCGGGCUGGGUCGAAUAACGGAAAACACCCCCAAGUACGGGGGUGCCGUGGUGUACAGCAUGAGCGACGUCCCCUUGGGUUUCGGCGUGGCGGCCCAGCCGACCGAGUUCUGCAAGGACCUCGAUCCCACCGCCGUCGUCGUGCUGCACCAGGCGGAUGUAGGGGAGUACUUGCGAGUGGAGGACGAUCUCCUAUAGACGAUGUUAGUGCCAACCAAUACCCUGUACAACAACAGUAGUGCCGGUAAA